AAAAUAACACAUCUCAGUGAGCGCUGGCGCAAAGGUGAUGGGUCGAAGUUGAACAAGAUGGCGGCGAGCUCGGAGAGCAAAGACAUGAUUGUGAAUGAUGGGCCCAAGAAAACGAUAGAAUUUGACUGUUGGAAAGGGGACUGGGGGCUACCUUCCGUUGAUGUGAAGUGCCUUAAUGUUUUGACCUAUGCACAGUUUGCUGGUGCUUCUCUGAGGGUUCACAAGAACAGAUUUCUAUGGCAGAAUCUUGCAGCAGCUCAUCUCCCGAUGCUCCAUGCCGGUGAAGGAGUCGUGAGAUCGGACACAGAAGCCAUUCAGUACCUGAAAGAGACCCAGGCAAACUUGGACGGGGACUUGACCGAUCAGCAGCGAGCCGACAGCUUGGCGCUCAAGGCACUGAUGGAAGAGAAGUACCUGCCUGGACUGCUUCACGCCUGGUGGGUUGAUGCUAAGAACUAUGUAGAGUUGAUCCGUCCAUGGUACGCCAAAGCCUUGCAGUUCCCGCUUAACUACUUCGUUCCUGGCCGGUUAAAGCGAGCCGCUGAAAGGAGGGUGGAGGUCACACGAGGAGGAGAGCACAUGGAGGCUGAAGAAAUUACUAGCAGAGUGUACAGUGAUGCCAAGGAAUGUAUAAAUCUACUGUCUGAAAAACUUGGUGAUGAGGACUUCUUCUUUGGUCCUGUACCAACCUCCCUAGAUGCCUUGAUCUUCAGCUAUCUGGCUCCUUUGCUACGAGCCCCCUUACCCAGCAACCAGUUACAGAUGCACCUAAAGGCUACCGAUAACCUGUGUAGGUUCUGCUCCCGUAUCCUGCUUAGGUACUUCCCCGAUGAACCUCAAGAUCCCGGACCAACUUCUUCCCAGAAGUCCCCGACGGAAGACCCCUUUGAUGACCCCCACAAGAGGCGCAACCAGGUGCUGGCUGCCGUGGUGGCCAUGACGGCGAUGGCCAGCUAUGCCUUCCUGAGUGGGCUGGUGAGAGUACAGAUGACCGAUUCUGAUGGCUCAGGGAUAGAACUGGACUAUGACGAUGGAGAAGAGGGGCACUAAGCCAGGGUUCAUUGACCAGUUAUGAUAUUGGCGCGACAUAAAUUGACAAAAAGCAGUCAUAAUGCAGGUAUAUAGAGACUUUUUAUGUACCCACCUUCCCACCUAUUAAUCCUUGUCUCUGCAAGUGUAACAUCCCAUAAAAAAUAGAAUUUAUUGAAGUCAGACAAUUUAAGCCUGUACUACACCCAUUCAGCCUUCAAGUUAUCCAGAAAAGAGAAAUUGAAGAAAUCAUGUAUGACAAGGAUAAAGAAACAAAAUCUGGGAACAUUUUAACAUGCGAACUGAGUUGUCUUAAAACUGUUGGCAUCAGGCGAACAAUAUUUUAGUGAGUUGCGUAACAGCUCUCAACUUGAGGACUGAUUGGGAAAAAUAUGGUGAUGGUUUUUGAGACACCUGUUCUCAAUAACUCUCUACCCGUGACUAUUUUGAGCCGAGUCUGUUGCUUUAGGUAAGACUUCAAGCUUUUUCAUGGUGGAGAUAGACUAAAGAAAAGGCUUGCGGUAUCCACCAUUUAGAUCUCUUUUGGAAGAGGUAUGGUUCUGAUAACACUCUCCGGUUCUUAUCAGAACCAUACCUCUUCCAAAAGCGAUCUAUCCACAUGGUGUUACCACAAGCCCUCUUAUCAGUCUAUUGCUUUAGCCAGGCUACCUUUCCAUCCGACCACAUGUUCAGCAGCUGUACUGUAGUCCAGAGCAGUGUACUGUCUAUCCCUUGGUAAAUUAUGGCAUCCCAAAAUGCUGUGACUCGGUGGUUUAAGCUCCACUUAUGUGUGAUGGUGUGUGGGUUCCAGCCCCAUGGGUACCAGCCAUUAAUGGAUUUGGGGGGGGGCAAGGCAGUGGGGUCAUUCGCCCGCCCUCUCCAAGCCCCCCCCCAGCUCUUUUUUGGUAAGUAAUGAAAAGUGAAUGGUUGGUUGGUUCUUUUCCCUUCAAAGUGCAUGUAAAAGCCCCAGAUGUGGCCUCACCCUUUCGAAAGGCCAUGACAAGUUACAGGGAAAAAAUCUCUACUUCUUGGCCGACCAAAAGCAAGUUUAGCCUCCCACAAAUAUUGCUCUGGGUCCGGUGUAGGUACCACAGUGUUUGUUGCUUUUCCGGGGCAAGACACUCUCCGACAAUUGCUUCUCUCUACCCAAGAGUGUAAAUGGGUACAUAGUAGGGUGUAGAAUGGAUCACGCCAAUCUUGAGCUGUUGCAGAAAACAAAACUUUGUGGCCAGUAAAAGAGGUGAUUGUGAAGAGUUUGAGAUUGCUGUGUAGGGAGUGCUAUAUUAACACCUCAUAUUAUUUUUUAAUGUAAUUUUGCAACAACAGCCAGUCAGUGUGUUCAUGGAUUUUGUGGCCACCGUAUGGACUUUACAGGGUUCACCAGGGUUAUUUCUCAGUCAUGUUUUGUUUUUAAGUCAAUCUGAAUUCUCCCGUUACUCUUUUUUGGCAGAACAGUCAGUGAAAACUGACAUUCCGUUUGUUUGGAUGCAUUAGCUUGAUCAAAUUUCUUUGCUCAGUAUUUGUUAUCAUCAUAUUAAGCACAUUUGAGACACAAUUAUCUUUUUUGUUUGAGAUUUGUUUAAGUUUUUGUAUAAUUGCAAAUAGUAGUCCUUAACUUCACCACACUUGUCAUUUUCUUAGCUAGGAUCAUUCCAUUGAUUUAUUUGUGAUCUUUGCAUUUCAAAGAUUUGGCCAACCAGUUCAGAUUUUAUUUUUUGCGUGUGACAUCUGUGAAGGUGGCCCUUUGAUUGGAAGUGGAAGAAAAUGCUGUAGCCACUGCUACAUUUGAAAGAUUAUCUUCGGCUAUGGUGGUGUUUGUCAGUUUUUGAACCUAAAUUUUCUUAUUCUAGUGAAAUGAAAUUCGAGGAAAAAAAAGAAACACAGAGAUAUUUGGCAUAUUGGAAUACCCUGUCAGUACAGAACAAUUUGGCAAGAAACAAGGACUAUAAAUCAAAAGUGCUAUUUGACAGUACUAGGUAUGGAGUCUUCCCUUUCACAGUCCUUGACUUAUUGAUCUCAGAAGGCUGGAUAGCACUGUGUCCCAAAUCCUCACCACUUUCCAUGAUUCAGUUAUCAUAGAAUCUGUGGAUGGUUGAACCCAAUCAGUUUGUAACAAAUAAUGAAAUACGUGUAUUUGAAAAAUAAACCCUAAGUAUACUUUGAGUAUUAAAAUCAUGUUGUCUGGA